GGGGCGGAGACCGGGCCCCCUAUGGGCCGUGGAGGGUUGGGCCUGCUUCCCAGCCCCUCGCGACCUGUCGGCUGACAGAGGGGAGGAGCCGGCCGGGGGUGGGGGCGGUGGGGGUCGCGUCGGAGCCCCCGACUGGCGAGCCAGGCCGGGAGCCUUGCGCAGGCUGGGAGCUCCGCGGGAGGGCUGUUCGGGCCGGCGCCGGUGGUUUCCCCCGCCCUGACCGUGCCGGGGUGGGGCGGGGGGCUUCUCAGGCCAGUGUCGACAUGCUGCUGGAGGAGGUCCGCGCCGGCGACCGGCUGAGCGGGGCCGCGGCCCGAGGCGACGUGCAGGAGGUGCGCCGCCUUCUGCACCGCGAGCUGGUGCACCCCGACGCCCUGAACCGCUUCGGCAAGACGGCGCUGCAGGUCAUGAUGUUUGGCAGCCCCGCCAUCGCCCUGGAGCUGUUGAAACAAGGCGCCAGCCCCAAUGUCCAGGACGCCUCUGGCACCACUCCGGCCCACGAUGCAGCCCGCACUGGAUUCCUCGACACGCUGAAGGUUUUGGUAGAGCACGGUGCUGAUGUCAACGCACCCGAUAACACAGGGGCGCUCCCCAUCCACCUGGCUGUGCGAGAGGGCCACACCGCUGUGGUCCGUUUCCUAGCUGCCGAGUCUGAUCUCCAUCACAGGGAUACCAGGGGGCUCACUCCUCUGGAGCUGGCGCAAGGGAGAGGGGCUCAGGAUCUCAUGGACAUACUGCAGGGUCACAUGCUGGCACCACUGUGACCCAGGACCACCCGCUGCAGCCACAGGACCCAGCUGGGUUCUCUCUCAGAAAAGGAGGAAAGAAACACUUUCUCUUUCUGCUCCUCCAGUCCCACUGCCAAAGGCGGGGGAGCACCAGUUUGUGGCUUGUUGGUAUGAUUUCUGGAGUGUGUGUGCUUAAGGGACAUUUCUCAUUUGUUUUUCCCUUUUGUGUGUUUGGUGAGGAGGGCUCCUGUAGGCAACAGCCACCUAAACGGUUCAGUUCCCUCCACUCCCCAGCCUGCUGGGGCUACAGAGAGUCCCAAGGGCAGAGCGUUUAAAGCCUCAGCCCCAGAGUGAGGUCACGGCUUCCAGGGCUCCUGGAACCUGGCGACUUUGGCUGACUGUACCCAGAGAGAGAUCUCAAGUGUGCACUCUGCUUUUGAGCAUGGGGGGAGGGGGGAGUUCCAAGUGAAUACAAGGGUGAGAUGAGUUCAUUCAUAUUUUGUUGGAAACUUGUUUUCCUGUCUCUUGUACAGCUUUAAAAAAAGAUUCUAUUUAUUAAGCUUUAUGGACAAAAGUUGUGUGAUAAUUUAAUGUUUUUACCCAUUAAAUUAAUUCUUGUGCACGAUCA